AUGAAACCCGAAACGUUGACGCUAGUGCUCGUAUAUCUAGCGGGGAUAAUGGAGAGAGCAGAUGAAUCAUUGUUACCUGGAGUAUACAAAGAGGUAGGAGAAGCACUCCACAUCAACCCGGAUGGACUCGGGUCAUUGACCCUGUUCAGGUCAAUAGUUCAGUGCUUUUGUUACCCUCUAGCCACUUACUUGGCUGUUCGGCACAACCGGGCGCAUGUAAUUGCUUAUGGGGCUUUCCUUUGGGCCGCCGCUACCUUCCUCGUUGCCUUCUCCUCCACUUUCUUCCAGGUCGCUGUAUCUAGAGCUUUGAAUGGGAUUGGACUUGCCAUUGUUAUACCUGCCAUCCAGUCCCUUGUGGCUGACUCAACUGAUGACAGCAGCCGUGGUAUGGCUUUUGGAUGGCUACAGCUUACCAGUAACCUUGGUUCAAUUCUUGGCGGAUUAUUUUCAUUAUUGAUAGCGCCAAUUAUUUUUAUGGGAAUCCCCGGCUGGAGAAUUUCUUUUCAUCUGGUCGGUAUAAUAAGUGUGGUGGUGGGAAUUUUAGUACGCAUCUUCGCUAAGGACCCACACUUUCCGGAAGGUGGUGUAAGAACUAGCAACGAAGUUCCUCGUAGAUCCUUUAUAGAAGAAGUUAAGUUUCUUAUCCAUGAAGCAAAAUCAGUAAUAAAGAUUCGAUCCUUCCAAAUUAUUGUAGCUCAAGGUGUCACCGGUUCGUUUCCCUGGUCAGCUUUAUCGUUUUCACCAAUGUGGUUGGAGUUAACUGGCUUCUCCCACUCAAAAACUGCCAUUCUCAUAGGUGUUUUCGUAGUUGCUAACUCUCUUGGGGGUUUGUUUGGUGGUAGGAUGGGUGAUAUCCUAUCCAAACGCCUUCCAAAUUCUGGCAGGAUAAUUCUAUCCCAGAUAAGCUCGGCAUCUGCUAUUCCUCUCACAGCAAUUCUUUUCCGGUCCUUGCCAACCGAUCCAUCUACAAUGUUCUUGCAUGGUUUCGUCCUGUUAAUUGCAGGUUUUUUCAUAUCUUGGAAUGCUGCAGCAACAAACAAUCCAAUUUUUGCAGAGAUAGUCCCAGAGAAAUCACGAACGCAUAUCUAUGCUUUGGACCGAUCAUUUGAGUCCGUGUUAUCAUCAUUUGCUCCUCCAAUUGUUGGACUACUGGCUCAGUAUGUUUACGGCUAUAAGCCGGUUCCAGAAGGUUCUGAAGAUAUUUCCACGGACAGGGAGAAUGCUACAUCUUUGGCCAAGGCUCUUUUCAUUGCAGUCUCGAUCCCAAUGGCUCUAUGUUGCAUCAUCUACUCUUUCCUCUAUCGUUCCUAUCCAAGAGACAGGGAGAGGGCUCAAAUGAAAGCUCUGAUAGAAUCAGAAAUGCAACUCGUAGAGUUGGACUCUCCACAUGCCAGAACAGAUCAUUAUCAAGCUCGAUCCUCUGAAACAAAUAAUCUUGAUGAUAGAGUUGUCGUCGACAUGCACUAUGAUAAUGAUGGACUUGAUUUUGACGAUGACGAUGACGAUGACGAGACGACUUUGGUAAGCCGACGGAUAAAGUUUUCUGGCGUGGAGGAAAUAGAAUAG